AGCUAAUGGGCGAUUUUAUGAGCCCUUAUUUCUUGUAUAAAUACGCUACUCAUACUCUAAUACAAAUUACGGAAAAUUAUUUCGUGACAUAGUAUCGGAGCAACUACAAUUCUACUCCCUAAAUCUCUAAAAAAUUUUCUCUAAUCUCUACAUUUCUAAAUCCCUAAAUUUCUAAAUUCUAUAUUCCAAAUUACUGAAUCAAUUUCUGCAAUUACUAAUCUCUGGUUCGAUUUUUUUUUUUUUUUUUCUUCUUCUGUGGUUGCCUCGUACUGGUGUAACUGUGCCGUAGUGUGUGCUUUGGCCCCUAUAUUCUGUUCUGCAGGUUCUACUUCUUCGAAUUUCUGGUGGUAAUGGAUAUCAAUGAUGUGGAAGAUGAGGACUUUGGGUUCUCUAGGAAUUACUUCCUGGCAAAAGAAUCGGGCACUUCGGCGAAAAAAUCAGGGCAUAAACUCUCUGAUAUUGAUCUUGUUCCCGAGGAGGAACUUAGAGCCGCGGCUAUGGAUCUCCAACCGAAGCAUGAAAAAGAAGUUAAAGCAUUGAUGGAUAGCUAUAGGAGUUUAUAUCAGGAUUGGUUGUUUGAACUGAGGUGUGGGUUUGGCCUUCUCAUGUAUGGUUUUGGAUCAAAGAAAGCCUUGACUGAAGAUUUUGCUUCAACGACUUUGACCGAGUACUCAGUGCUUGUAGUCAACGGUUAUCUACAAUCAGUAAAUAUCAAACAGGUCAUUGCUGCAGUGGCUGAACUUUUAUGGGAUCAAAUCAAAUCCAGUAGGAAAACAACUGAAAGCUUGUCUAAAGCUCAACUACCAUACAAUUCUAAAUCCACAGAUGAAAUCUUUGCUUUUCUGGAUGGAUCACUAGCAGAGGAAAAUGAUUCUUUUGUGUGUGUUCUAAUUCAUAAUAUUGAUGGACCUGGUUUACGGGAUACCGACACUCAGCAAUUUCUUGCACGGAUGGCUGCAUGCUCUCAUGUUCGAAUUGUUGCAUCAAUUGAUCAUGUAAAUGCAUCAUUGUUAUGGGAUAAAAAGAUGGUCCACACACAGUUCAACUGGUGCUGCCAUCAUGUCCCAACCUUUGCGCCAUACAAGGUUGAAACAACGUUCCAUCCUCUGAUUCUUGCGCACAGCGGUAGUGGCCAAACUGCGAAAACAGCUGCCAUAGUUCUACAAAGUUUGACACCAAAUGCCCAAAGUGUGUUCAAAGUUCUUGUGGAGUAUCAACUGGCUCAUCCUGAUGAAGAAGGGAUGACAGUCAAUGAUUUAUACGCAAUUUGUCGGGAGCGCUUCCUUGUGAGUAGUCAGGUCACUCUGAACUCCCACCUGACGGAAUUUAAAGAUCACGAGUUGGUGAAGACUCGAAAACAUUCUGAUGGGCAGGAUUGCUUAUAUGUUCCCCUCGCAACUGAAGCUAUUGAGAAGCUGUUGAUGGAGAUUAGUCAAUAGUCUUGCCCAGAAUACUGAUAUGAUAUCAGGAUUAGCAGCCCAGGAGCAUUUUACUCGUGUAUUGUAUAAAUGGUUGUUCACGAACCAGCGUUUUGGCUGGCGGCGUAUUGUUAGAAUAUACCUCUCUUCUAGUCUUCUCUAUGUAUUUUCUUUCCCUUUGCUUGUGUUUAGCUUAUGUAAUGCUUUAUAAAACUUUUCUUUGAAUAUUAUGGGCUCUAGAUAGAAUUAUUGUGUUAUUGUCAACCUAGUGUUCACUUAGAGAAUAAUUUAAAUGUAAAUUAAAGCUCAAGCAAUUGGUUAACGAAUUCUAGGGUCCUACCAUUUGCUUUGAA